GUCUGUCAGCUGAGGGGGGAGGGAUCGCAGAGGGCGAGCGAAAAAGAAAACAAAACAAACGCGGCCUGAUACCGAUCGGUUGUACCUUUGUUGUUUGUCCAUCGGAAAAAAGUCACGAAAAUCAACGAUUUCGGUCAACAAAUCACGCCGACCCGUUUUCCCGGCAGACCCCCGGAGAAGCCGCACGUCACCGAGUGUCGGGAACCAGCCGCACUGUUGCACCGUAGAGGCCAAGGUUCGGUGCGCUUGAGAGACUGUCGCCUGUCUGCCACCAAGCCGCGUCCCGGAUACCGAGCAUCGACGGUGCUUAGCAAAAGCAGUAGCAUUAUUCGUUACCCCUGCUGGCCUGCUGGUUGAGCUGUGUGUGCGUCCAUCCGUCACAAGGCACCGCGGCUCAUAGUUCCGUUUGGUCCUUCACUUUCUUCCCCAACCAACCGGAUCAAACCUACCACAGGGGCUGUUGGUGCACCACCCGUUAGCGUUAGGUUGUUUGCUUUCUUUGGUUUUUUUCUUUUCCCCUUUUUCUUUACUUCAAAAUUGUCGGAAAGCUGGAUUAUUCAAUAGUCUUCGAAGCGAUGGCUGACCGACUCACUCAGCUACAGGACACGGUAAACCAGCAAGCGGAACACUUUUGUAACAGCAUCGGUAUCCUACAGCAGUGCUCGGUUCCGAGCAAGUUUGCCGGUUUUGAGCGUACCGGAUCCCAAACGCCUCAGCAGCAGGUACACCAGCAGCAACAGCUACCACAGCAGCAGCAACAGCAGCAGCAGCAGGAGGACUUCCCUCAACUAUUUUCCACCCUGAUCUCCCGAUGCGCCAAAGACAUCGACACGCUGAUCGAAUCUCUGCCGAGCGAGGAAAGCUCGAUCGAGCUGCAGGUCCAGUCGCUGCAGCGGCUCGAGGCGGAGAACAAGGAGUCGGCCGAAAAGCUGGAAGAGAUCGUGCGCAAGGGCGAGCUGCUGCUGGAGAAAAUUCAGGCCGCGCUCAGUGAUAUAGCCCAAUCCCAGCUGGACAUGCAGUAUUCGUCGUGAAAACCCGCCCCGGGGGCUACAUGCGGGACAAGUUUGUACUUUCCAUCGUCGCGACGUUGAUGUGCGCUGGCCCCAAGCGUGGAGGGUGAGGUUUGUGUGUGUGUGUGUGUGAUGCGCUGAUGGAGUCCGAGAGAAAUCGAGAAAAUCCCAGAGGAUGGGCACCAUGUAGCCAAAUGUUUGACCGGUGGGGAUCAUUCUCUGUAUGUAUCUCCCCCACCCUCCCCCAAUGUGUUUGCGCGUGUGUAUGUGUUUUCUGUUUAAAAUGCUCGCAUCCCAAGCGUCGCGUAUUAAUGAAGCAAAUAAAGUAUCAUUGAUUUACACAACGUG